AUGUACAAAGGUGGUGCUAAAUUAGUUUUUAUCGUCUUGAUAAUUAUAACAUUAUUAGAAGUUAUUUUACCGCAAGAAACUCAACCAACAUAUUAUGCUCAAGGUAAUGUACAAGUAGUUUUUGAUAUUGCUUAUGGUAAAGGUUCAAUUACUAGUCCUCUUGCAAAAAAGAUACCCGAUUUAUGGUGUCAGGGAGUUAGAUCUGAUGACAGAAAACAUCCUCUACCAAUAAAAUCUGUUAGAAUCAUGCAUAUCCAUGAUGGAAAUACUAGUGUUGUGAAACAUCAACAUGCCGAAAUACGAAACAAUGUUGUGUAUGUUAAAUUUGAACCAGAAGCAACAAUAAAAGAUAUUGGAAAAUAUAAAUGUGAAAUAUUUUUAGAAAAUGAUAUAGAAGUUCAUGGAAAUAUGUUUAUUAGAAGUAGACCAAUUUUUUUGAUUGAUGAAAAUAAGAUGAAUUUAAUUGAUACUUUUUCUGAAAAAAAUGACUCUUUUGACUUUACUGCAGAACCAACAAAAGGUUACAUUGAAGGAAAUGUGACAUUAGAAUGUCCUGUAGUUGGUGAUCCUAUUCCUCAUAUUGUAUGGUACCGAAACGAUGAACCUGUUAAUUUGAAUAGCGAAAAAUAUAGAUUUAAUAAAAUUUCAAAAAGUUUAACUAUUGUUGAUUUAAAAGAAGAAGAUGCUGGAAAUUAUAGAUGUGAAGCAACUAACUCAUUUGUCAAUUCCCAAACUUAUAGUGAAAAAACUCUUCCAACAAAAUUUACCUCCAAAUUAAGACAUCAACUUCAGGUAUCAAAAGCAUGGGGAUGGCUUCUUCCACUUAUUAUAAUUAUUGUCAUUCUUCUCUUGUUACUUUGUAUCAUUUUUGGUUGUGCUGCUCUAAACAAAUGGAGAAAUUCUGGCGAAUACUUCCCAGAAAGUCGAGGAAAUUUAGUUCCACAGACUCCUGAAGAAACGCCUUUAACAAAACAUCAUCAAGAAGUUUAG